UAAGCUUAGCUAGUGUAACUUUUCUAUUUCACAUAUUAAAGCAUUUCAGAUAUUCCCAUCUACCAUUGAAUAAUGCGGAUGAUUCGAGAUUGACAGCAAGAGACACACAAGAGGUAUCAGGCAGUGAAGAUAAUCCACCUCCUCAGAAACGGGGAUUACUCGCAAGGCUUUCUCUUCGGAGGAAGGCAAAGACUGCUAAAGCGUCACCCAACGAUAAUCCGGAAAAGUCCGAAAAGGACAAGAAGGCAAAACGAAAAAAGUCUCAAACUCAUUCAUCUUCGCCUGGUUCGAAAGUAAAAGCUGAUACAGUAACUGGUGAGGCAAAAACGGGUUCCUCUCGAAGGCGGCCGUCCCACUUCAGCGUUGCUUUGGAGGACAAAACAAAAAAGUGGGAACUCGUGGCUGUAAAAGGAAAGGCUUCUUAUUUAAAGAAUAGAAGUCAACGUAUGUUCAAAGAUCGCAUGAACAAAUACCGUCUAGUGGAUAGCAAAGGAGUUGUAGUGGAACAUAUACAUGACGAAGAAAUAGCUUCGUCACAUGAUCAUUCUGCCAGUGAUGGUAAAGGCGAAGCGGACUUACCUUAUUUAACUUCCCAUAUCUGGGGAACCGGCCCGGAAGCUAUUCCUCGCUCUCAACGAUCCGAUCCUCUUAGUACACAUCCUAAUACGUGA